AUGCCCACCUCACGUUUUGCAGUUUUCUUCUCUUUGGUCGUUUUUCAGGGCCUGCAUCACGUUGCGUGCGGUAAGUUAAUAAACUGUCCCAGUGUUAAUCAAACGCUUAAGUUUUGAUUUUUUGUUAGCAAGAAUGGCGUUAGGUCACAAGGAGUUCACCUACUACUGCUCCUUUGCCUAACGCUUACUGCACAAAUAAUUAACUUUCUCCUAAUAGCGGAGUUCUUGAGAAAUCACUGAGUGCUAAUUAAUUGAUUUUGCACGGUAUAGUAACACUCAAUGGAGUGUAGUAAAACUACGCAAAAGUGAGAAAACUCGCGUUUGCCAUUUAAAAGGUUUCAGUUUCACUCAAGAUUAAGCUGAAAUGAGUUAUCAUUCACAAUAAUGAAUUUCUUGACGAGGAAUCCAAAAAACUAACAUUAUUUAUUCGCCCCUUUUAAAAUUUGUUUGCCUAAAGAAAUUUGCAUGACCAUUGUUUCCAAUUCCUCUCAGGUAUUACAGUCGUCUCAAAAUAAAUAGAAAACUUGUUUAAGCAAGGUUUUGGGGGGCAAAUGAGUUGUAGUAUUAUGGGCAAUGCGAAAGUAAGACACUCUCGUUACUUGUGUGAUCACUGUUUGCUUAUAGGGUUAUAGCGCGCCAUUAGAUGCUCGGCUUGUUUCUCUUUCUAUCUUCUACCCUGCUAGCAGAGUCGCUUCGAUCUUUCCUAGAUAAGUCGGGAAAGAGGAAGCGACUUAUCUAGGAGGAUUGAAGGAGAGUCUGUUCGCAGGGUAUCUAUCUUCGUACCCUACCUGAAAAUUAUGGGCAAAGGACACUUAACACUAAACCCCAUUCAGACCCUCUACAAGGGGUUUUGUUUUCAGUGGUUUAGCAAUAAUUUUACCCCCCUCCCCUGACACGCUCCUGUAAAUGGACGGUAAACCACUAGGCAGGGCUCUGAUCUGUGGUUCUAUUUGUCUUUUCUACCACAGGACAGAUUGAUACUGUUGACUACAUAGCGAUCGGUUCUUCUCUGGGACUUGCAGUGUUAAUUUUGACAGUACUUGGCUACUUCUUGUGGCGGGCGCAAAAAAGAAGCGACAUGGGAGCGAACAAAGAAAUGGGACAAGUAAGUUGCGUCAAGAGCCCAUUAUGGCUCUUGGUUGGGUAGCAGUUUUUUUUAUUAAUAUUAUAAUUAAUUAAUAUUAAUAUUAAUAUUAAUUUUAAUAUUUAUUAUUAUCAUUACAAUUGCCUUCUGUAACCUUCUGUACAGUUCUGAAAUAUAAUAGUUAGUAAGUUUAGUUUUGGUUUAGGAUAUUUAGUAAAAUCCAACUAGCGGUCUAUUAUCAAUGCUGCGUUCUUAUUGGUUGAGCUACUACUAGGCUAUAUGUUAUAGCCCACUAGUAGCGAAAAGCCCGGGCUUUUUGGCGGCAAAAUAGGAUUAAAAUCUAGCUUUAACUAGCUAAAUUUUUUUAUUCUCGAUAUUUUUGACCAACUAGUUGGAUUUUACUAAAACAAUUCUUCCUCUCGCCCUCGUGGCCUCUGAGUCAAUAGCCCAUUUGGCCUUCGGCCUCAUGGGCUAUUGACUCAGAGCCCAUUCGGGCUCGAGGAAUAAUUGUUAAAUAUAUGGCGUUAUAUUCCCGCCAAAAUUCAAGCUAUAAAUGCUCGUUUUUCCAAUCCAAUAUUUGACUUCUGUAAUUCAACAUUGCUCAAUCACUAUUCAACAUUCAUAUUUCAAAAGUCAAUAUUCAACUUCUCAAGAUUGCGCAUUGACUUUGUGCAGUUGUGCGAAAGACGCGCGGUUAUUCGAAAAACGCGCGGAGCUGGGGAGAGAGAGAGAGGGCGGUGGAGCCAGUACGCACUCUGAUUGGUUGGUUUUAACAGAGCCCCCUUUUCCAGAUCAAGCCCGUCUUACUUUCGUUUGAUUUAUUUCAUUUCUCUAACGUCCCUACCUCCGAGAGCCUGGAACGGAUGGUCCCUGUCUUUCUUUACUCUAUUUAGUUGACUCUUAAUAACUAUUGACGGACAUUAAGAGAGAAUGAGCUAGAUAGUUCAUUCUCUCUUGCGGACAUCUCUUCACGACGGACACGAAGAUGUCGGUCUUAAGAGAACUGGCUGAGCUUUAAAAGUUUUGAUAGCGUGUCUACUGCGACAAGCGACAAGCGUUAAGGGGAGGAAAGCUGGAGCUAGAAAAUCAUUAAGGUAGCGGAAACAUCAUUGAAACCGUUAAAUGGUAAUGUUGACUCCCUCUUCUGCUUCGGUUUGCAGGAUAACCGUGUUUUUACAAAUGGCAAUGCAGUUGAAGAGGGAAAUGUGCAUGGGAUAAGCAUGAAGCAAUUAUCAACUGCAACCGGCUAAGAACUGAUCAUGCGUAGCUGUUUAACGUUUGUGAAGAAGACUAUUAACGUGUGCAUCACAGUUUGCUCAGUACUCGAUCAGUUCUGUAUACUGAGUGAGAAUAGUAGUUGAACUUUUUUUCCUUUUCAGGCAUGGUGCAAUAGACACAAUGUUACAGUUCUUUAAUAUUUACGGCUGAUCUUAAAAUUCCGGGGGGACUUCCAUAUACAAGUGAGGGGGAUGCUCGUCGGAAAAUUAAAAUUAAACCACUAAGGGAGACCAGUGUGGGUGUAGCUCAGGUGACCCUUAAGCCAAAGGAUAUUUCUGUGUGGUCAGUGUCACGGCAUUUUUUGUAAAUUUCUUCAUGCACAGCCCUAUACGAUACCUGAAUGGGAAAAUAUAGUGACUUUCUGUCCCAAUGUGAGACCAAAAUAUGCAAUUUACAUCCCUAAGCGAGACGAGGAGCAUCCCCGUCACUUUUACAUGGGUGGUUCUCCCCCCGGGGCUUGGAAUCCCGAUUUCUUGAGCCACCUUAGUAAAAGCAAAUUGGUUCCGUAAAAUCGGGGGUAAUUAAAAAAAUUACAGUGUUUCACUGGUCGAAGAAAAAUUAAGGAUGGGUCAAAUUAUUGGGAAUUUUGAAAAACCG